GCGGGAGCGGGAGGAGGAGCGGCCGCCGCCGCCACCGCCGCCGCCAUAGAGACUGUAGCCGUGGAGACUGUUACUUACCAACGGGGACCAACACGCAGCAGCCGCUGCUGCCGCCGCGGGAGCCGCUGCCCGAACUCCCGGCCCGAACUCCAGAACUGAGCAUGCAGAAUUCAGAGGGUGGAUCCGAUUCGCCAGCUUCUGUGACUCUGUGUCCGUCAGCGGCAGCCCAGGCCCCCGCGGCCCCGCCAGUACCAGCCUCCCCGCAGAGGGUGUUGGUCCAGGCAGCGGGCUCGGCUCCCAAAGGGGCCCAGAUGCAGCCAAUCUCCCUCCCCAGGGUCCAGCAGGUGCCACAGCAGGUGCAGCACGUGUACCCCCCGCAGGUGCAGUACGUGGAAGGCGGAGACGCCGUCUACACGAAUGGAGCCUUACGGACUGCCUAUGCCUACAACCCCGAGCCUCAGAUGUAUGCCCCCAGCAGCGCAGCUUCUUACUUCGAGGCCCCGGGCGGCGCCCAGGUGACCGUGGCAGGCUCCUCCCCGCCAACGGUCCCCUCGCACAGCAUGGUGGGCAUCACCAUGGAUGUCGGGGGGAGCCCUAUUGUCUCCAGCGCAGGAGCCUAUCUCAUCCACGGGGGGAUGGACAGCACCAGACACUCCCUGGCCCACACCUCCCGCUCAUCGCCAGCUACGCUUGAAAUGGCGAUUGAAAACCUCCAAAAAAGCGAAGGGAUCACUUCACACAAAAGCGGUUUACUCAACAGCCAUCUCCAGUGGCUGUUGGAUAACUAUGAAACCGCAGAAGGCGUGAGUCUCCCCAGAAGCUCUCUCUACAACCAUUACCUUCGGCACUGCCAGGAGCACAAGCUGGACCCUGUGAAUGCCGCCUCCUUUGGGAAGCUGAUCCGCUCCGUGUUCAUGGGCCUGCGGACGCGGCGGCUGGGCACCAGGGGCAACUCCAAGUAUCAUUACUAUGGGAUCCGCCUGAAACCAGAUUCACCCUUGAACCGGCUGCAGGAGGACACCCAGUAUAUGGCCAUGCGGCAACAGCCCAUGCAUCAGAAGCCAAGGUACCGGCCAGCCCAGAAGACAGACAGCCUCGGGGACAGUGGUUCGCAUGGCAGCCUGCACAGCACACCAGAGCAGGCCAUGGCCGCGCAGAGCCAGCACCACCAGCAGUACAUAGAUGUCUCUCACGUCUUCCCGGAGUUCCCAGCGCCCGACCUGGGCAGCGUCCUGCUGCAGGAGAGCAUCACGCCGCACGACGUCAAGGCCCUGCAGCUGGUCUACCGGCGGCACUGCGAGGCAACUUUAGACGUCGUGGUGAACCUCCAGUUUCACUACAUUGAGAAGCUGUGGCUUUCCUUCUGGAACUCAAAAGCCUCCUCGGGCGAUGGCCCUGCCUCUCUACCUGCCAGCGACGGGGAACCUGAAGGCGCCGUCCUCCCGAAGGACAAGCUGGUGUCUCUGUGUAAAUGCGAGCCCAUUCUCAAGUGGAUGAGGAACUGCGACCACAUCCUGUACCAGGCCCUGGUGGAGAUCCUCAUCCCCGACGUGCUGCGGCCGGUGCCCAGUACCUUGACACAGGCCAUCCGUAAUUUUGCCAAGAGCUUGGAAGGCUGGUUGACGAACGCCAUGAGAGACUUCCCACAGCAGGUCAUCCAGACCAAGGUCGGCGUGGUCAGCGCCUUUGCCCAGACCCUGCGCAGAUACACGUCGCUCAACCACCUCGCUCAGGCGGCGCGCGCUGUGCUGCAGAACACCUCCCAGAUCAACCAGAUGCUCAGUGACCUCAACCGCGUGGACUUCGCCAACGUGCAGGAGCAGGCCUCGUGGGUGUGCCAGUGUGAGGAGAGCAUGGUGCAGCGGCUGGAGCAGGACUUCAAGCUGACCCUGCAGCAGCAGAGCUCCCUGGACCAGUGGGCCAGCUGGCUGGACAACGUGGUCACCCAGGUCCUGAAGCAGCAUGCCGGCAGCCCCAGCUUCCCCAAGGCUGCCCGCCAGUUCCUUCUGAAAUGGUCCUUUUACAGCUCCAUGGUGAUCCGCGACCUCACGCUACGCAGCGCCGCCAGCUUUGGCUCCUUCCACCUGAUCCGCCUGCUCUAUGACGAGUACAUGUUCUACCUGGUGGAGCACCGUGUCGCCGAGGCGACCGGAGAGACGCCCAUUGCUGUGAUGGGAGAGUUCAACGAUCUCGCUUCCCUAUCGCUGACACUGCUCGAUAAAGAUGACCUCCGCGAGGAUCGUGGCCGUGAGGCCAACUCUGACGCCCGCAGCCUGGGCGAGCCCCUGGUGAAGCGGGAGCGCAGUGACCCGAACCACUCCCUGCAGGGCAUCUAGCUCUGCGGUGCCUUCCCCAGGCUCCAGACCGGGCCCCUCGAGCUCUACUGUAAUAGUGCCUCUUAGAUGACGUGACCUUUGCUCUGACUCACGGGGGCGCCCUCCAGAAGAAAAACCCUCGUGAACCACAACAGAAGGUCACAUUGGGUUCCCGAGUGCCUGAGCUGCUCACCCGGUGCCUCCUGGGUCAUCUUUUCCUUCUGAGUGUUCUUCUCUCCUCUGCCGGACCAUGAACUUUGGUCCAAGUCUACCCAUCCCGCCUGAGAGCUGAAAGGGGCCACGAUGGACGAGCGGGCACCUCCACAUUGGGCUUCUCCUCGGAUCAGCUGCUUCCAGCUUCCACCAUUAUUUUUUAAAACUCAGAUCCCAGGAGGGAAGGGGUGUCCUGCAGCUGUUGGGCAGUCCUGAGCUGACCGGUGUCCACAGAGCCCCCUGCCUUGGUGCCCUGUGGUGGGAAGGGACCUUCUCCGUGCUGUGCCCAGGGCCUCCUGCCCUGCUGGCUGUGCUGAGGCAUGGAGGCCGGCCCACAGGCCCACAGGAGCCCCAUCUGCAGACACCUAACAUCCCCAGAGGCAGCUGUCAAUCGCCAUGGCCCCAUGUGGCCCAGAGAACCAGUCACGGAAAUGGGCCGCCCAUGCCAAGACAUAGUGGUGUCUUUAAGAACCAAGACCAGAAGUUUUAUCAGCAACUGGAAGGAUUUGGGUUCUGUCCAAGGUCACAGCCAAUGUCAAGCCAAACUGCCAGGUCUGGAAUGAGUUUGUUCCAAGGAGGCUGGGUGGUUGGUGUUUCAGUGGUGUCUUCAGAGAGCAGCCAUCGGGCCAAGCCUGCCUGGCUCCUGCCGUGUAGAAUCUUCUGGAAUGCCUGCCUUUAAAUUAGCAAUCCUGGAGCACUUUGACCCGGGGCAAGUCCCAUCUUGAACUGCUCAAAGUCAACACUCUUCUCUGGGCUAAAUGAAUCCUGAGGACUUGCACAGCCCUUGAACUUUGAACACUCCGGAUCCAGAUCCGCUGUAACACAUCGCACUUGGUUAGCUCCAUGCAAGAGUCCUGCCCCCAAACCAACUGCAAAGAAGAAAGACAAACCUCUGGUCUAGGAAGCACCAUCUUAUGAAAUGCAAUAGUUUCUCCUUUUGGAAAUAUGUUUAUACCAAUAGUUUUGUGCUCUAAUUGUUAUUAGAACGUUUCUUAUGAACAUGUAUAUUGCAGUAUAUUCAGUCCCCAAUAUUUUUUUUCUCAUUCACACAGAAGGUACUAAUGUAAACUCACGUGGCCUUUAAAAAGCUUACUUCCCAACAAGCAGGAGCGCUGGGCACUCCUAGGCCCACACCAGGUGUGCAGGGCGGUGUGGAGGGGAAAGACAGGAAAGCUAGGCGCUUGUCUUAGAAACCAGAAGUCUAUCCUCAUCACGACGUUUCUCUGGUUUUACAGUUCAAGACUUAGAUGAAGUCAGACAGAAAGAAUGUCUUUAAAAUAUAUAUAUCUCCUCUCCUGGGAGACAUUUAAGCUCACAGUUCUCGGAUUGUAAUGGCCUGCCUUGUCUUCCACGGGGGGUGAGCAGUACAAACCGGGUUUCCGCCUUACGCUCCUGCCUUUGCAGGAUUCCAUAAGGGACAAUACAAAUGACGGUAAAGACACGCGCCUUCCAAGCCCGUUCUUGUUUUUCAUGGCAUUGAACACAC